AUGAAAACUGUUCUUCUUGUGGUCCCGAUCAUUUUCUUUCUCCCGAAUACUGAAGCAGGCCUGAAAGUGUAUACUCAAGAAUGUAUAUCGAAGGCGGAUUACUCUUCUUGUGAGAUGUUCAACUCUUGUUGUGACUUCCGGUGUAGUCGUGCGAGACAGAAGAGAUCGACAUGUACCAUCAAUGGUACAGGAAUAAGCGAGAUUCAGACAGAAUGCAUCUGCUCAAAGCCAGUACAGCAGUUCGAGGUGCCAUACACAAGGAAGGCUCGACACUCUAGAUUAGACCUCAUCGCCGGAAUUCUUUUCAUUUUUGUAAUUGACAUGCUUUUGCUCAGCUUCACGUUCUGA